GAAGCCCCGCAGGCGGCGAAGAUGGCGGAGAACAGCGGUCGCGCCGGCAAGAGCAGCGGCAGCGGCGCGGGGAAGGGGGCGGUGUCGGCCGAACAAGUGAUCGCGGGCUUCAACCGCCUUCGGCAGGAACAGCGGGGUCUCGCGUCCAAGGCCGCGGAGCUGGAGAUGGAGCUAAACGAGCACAGCCUGGUGAUCGAUACCCUGAAGGAGGUGGAUGAGACCCGCAAGUGCUUCCGCAUGGUCGGCGGGGUGCUGGUGGAGCGCACCGUCAAGGAGGUGCUGCCCGCCUUGGAGAACAACAAGGAGCAGAUACAGAAGAUCAUCGAGACACUGACGCAGCAGCUCCAGGCCAAGGGGAAGGAGCUGAACGAGUUCCGGGAAAAGCACAACAUCCGUCUCAUGGGGGAGGACGAGAAGCCAGCCAAGGACAACGCAGACGGGGCGGGGGCCAAGGCCAGCUCGGCCGGGGUGCUGGUCUCCUAGGGCCGAGGCCUGUGCGUCUUUUCCCACUCCCACUCCCCCUUCUUCUGAUUUCUCUUUGUUGUUAUUUUCUCUGCUGUUGUAAUAUUUUUUUUGUUAAUUAAAUGUUUU